GCGGACCCCUCGACCUAGGGAGCGGUUCCCGCCGGGAGCGCCGCGCCGCGGACCGGAAGUGUUCCCGGAAGUGCAGCGCUCUUUGGCGGCGCGUUUCAGCCCGCGAAGUCGGAAACGACUGACAGCGGAGGAGCGGGUGGCGGCGCUCCGCCCGGAAUUGGGGUUGCCGUGGAGAACAACAUUCUGUCCCCUUUCCACCCCGACAUCGCUUGCCCGCAGUGACUGAGAUCUGAGAUGUUCGUAGGAGGUUUUGUCUCUCAGACGUGAACAGCGUGCCUGUCGGCCCGUCUCUGUGCCCUCCUGAGGAACAGCCAGCAUGCCCAAGGUCAUCCUGAACGGUGUGACAGUGGAUUUCCCGUUCGAGCCAUACAGAUGCCAGCAGGAGUACAUGGCCAAGGUCUUGGAGUGUCUGCAGAAGAAAGUGAAUGGCAUCCUGGAGAGCCCCACGGGCACGGGGAAGACGCUUUGUCUCCUCUGCACCACGCUGGCCUGGCGGGAGCACCUUCGAGACACCAUCUCUGCCCGCAAGAUUGCUGAGCGGGCACAAGGGGGGCUGUUCCUCAACCAGGCCUUGUCAUCCUGGGGGAGCGCCGCUGCUGGAGACACCCCAGCUUCCUACGUGGACAUCCCAAAGAUCAUUUAUGCUUCCAGGACCCACUCGCAGCUCACGCAGGUCAUUGGCGAACUUCGCAGUACCUCCUACCGGCCCCGGGUGUGUGUGCUGGGCUCCCGGGAGCAGCUGUGCAUUCACCCUGAGGUGAAGAAGCAGGAGAGUAACCACAUGCAGAUCCAUCUGUGCCGCAGGAAGGUGGCGAGCCGCUCCUGCCAUUUCUACAGCAACGUAGAAGAGAAAAGUCUGGAACAGGAGCUGGUCACCCCUAUCCUGGACAUUGAGGACCUGGUCAAGAGUGGGAGCUGUCACAAGGUUUGCCCGUAUUACCUCUCUCGGAACCUGAAGCAGCAAGCCGACAUCAUCUUUAUGCCGUACAAUUACUUGUUGGACCCCAAGAGCCGCAGGACACACGGCAUUGACCUGAAGGGGACGGUGGUGAUCUUUGACGAAGCUCACAAUGUGGAGAAGAUGUGUGAGGAGUCUGCAUCCUUCGACCUGACCCCCCACGACUUGGCUUCUGGACUGGACGUCAUAGACCAGGUUCUGGAGGAGCAGACCAAGGCCGCGCAGCAGCGUGAACUCUACCUGGAGCCUGACGUGGGCCUGGCUGGCUCGGGGCUGAACAUGGAGCUGGAGGACAUCGCGAAGCUGAAGAUGAUUCUGCUUCACUUGGAAGAGGCCAUUGAGGCCAUUGAGCUGCCAGGAGACAGUGGCGUCACCAAGCCAGGGAGCUACAUCUUCGAGCUGUUUGCUGAAGCCCAGAUCACGUUUCAGACCAAGAGCUGCAUCCUGGACUCGCUGGACCAGGUCAUCCAGCACCUGGCGGGCCGUGCCGGGGUGUUCACCAACACAGUGGGACUUCAGAAGCUCUUGGACAUCAUCCAGAUGGUCUUCAGCACCGACUCACCUGAGGGCGGCCCUGGCUCAGGUGGGGGACAAGGGGCUUCCAAGUUCUACAAGGUGCACAUCCACCCCGACACCAGCCAGCGCCAGAGAGCGCAGAGGUCGGAUGCCUGGAGUGUGGCGGCCACCAGGAAGCAAGGGAAGGUGCUGAGCUACUGGUGCUUCAGCCCCGGCCACAGCAUGCAAGAGCUUGUGUGCCAGGGUGUCCGCUCGCUCAUCCUCACCAGCGGCACGCUGGCCCCUGUGUCCUCCUUUGCCCUGGAGAUGCAGAUCCCUUUCCCAGUCUGCCUGGAGAACCCCCAUGUCAUUGACAAGCACCAGAUCUGGGUGGGGAUCAUCCCCAAAGGCCCUGAUGGGGCCCAGCUGAGCUCCGCGUUUGACAGACGGUUUUCUGACGAGUGCCUGUCCUCGCUGGGGAAGGCCGUGGGCAACCUUGCCCGCGUGGUGCCUCACGGACUGCUGGUCUUCUUCCCGUCCUACCCCGUCAUGGAGAAAAGCCUGGAGUUCUGGCGGGCCCACGACUUCGCCCGGAGGAUUGAGGAGCUAAAGCCGAUGUUUGCAGAGCCCAGGAGCAAAGGCAGCUUCUCCGAGGUCAUUGAUGCUUACUACGCCAAGGUCGCCUCUCCAGGUUCCAGCGGGGCCACCUUCCUAGCUGUGUGCCGGGGGAAGGCCAGUGAGGGGCUGGACUUUGCAGACAUGAAUGGCCGUGGUGUGAUCGUCACGGGCCUCCCGUAUCCCCCACGCAUGGACCCCCGCAUCGUCCUCAAGAUGCAGUUCUUGGAUGAGAUGAGGGGCCAGAGUGGAGCCAGGGACCAGUUCCUCUCCGGACAAGAGUGGUACCGGCAGCAGGCGUCCAGGGCUGUGAACCAGGCCAUCGGGCGGGUGAUCCGGCACCGCCAGGACUAUGGGGCUGUCUUCCUUUGUGACCAUAGGUUCGCCCAUACUGACGCCAGAGCCCAGCUGCCGUCCUGGGUGCGUCCAUUUGUCCAGGUGUACAACAGCUUUGGCCCCGUCAUCCGGGACGUGGUCCAGUUCUUCCGUGUUGCUCAAAGAAUGAUGCCUGUGCCCACCCCCCGGGCUGCUGCCCCAGACCCAGCCCUGGGAGAUGGUGCCAUCACGGGGGCCGUGCUGCCUGGCCCCCUGCUCCGAACCAGGAGUGCCAAGAGUCUGGAUGUGCAUGUGCCCAGCCUGCAGCAGAGGCCUGCAGGGUCACUGGCCGCUGGGGAUGCCGAGAGCAGUGUGUACCUGGAGUAUGAGCGGGAGCUGGUGCUGGCCCAGCGGAGGCCCGUGGGGCUGCUGGCCGCCCUGGAGCACAGCGAGCAGCAGGCCGGGGGGCUCGGGGACGAGGCCCAUCCCGGGGAGGAGGCACACCACCACUCCACCCUGUCCCUGCAGCAGGAGAAGAGACAGGCGGAUGAGCAGAAAGGGUGCAGGAAGAGGAUUAAGCUUGUCAGCAGCUCGGAGGUGCAGGAGCCGGCGUCUGGUGGGCAGGUGGACAGAGCUAAGUUAUUCAUGGUGGCUGUGAAGCAGGCCCUGAGCCAGGCCAGCUUCGACACCUUCACGCGGGCCCUGAGGGACUACAAGGGCUCCGACGACCUCACCGCCCUGGCUGCCUGCCUCGGGCCCCUCUUCGCGGACGACCCCAGGAAGCAUAGCCUGCUCCGAGGGCUCUACCAGUUUGUGCGCCCUCACCACAAGCAGCAGUUUGAGGAGGCCUGCCUCCAGCUGACAGGCCAAGGCUGCGGCUACCGGCUGGAGCACAGCCUUCCUCGAGGGCAGCGAGUGCAGCCAGCCCCCGGCCCCAGCGGAAGGUGGGAGCCUGACCCCAAGUUGACUGAGGGCGCAGCCAGGCAUCUGGAUCCCAGAGGGCACCUGAACCAGGGUGGGCCCCACCUGGCCACCAGGCCUCCUGCCACAGGAGAACCCAGCAGCCGCCUGGGAUCAGGCCAGCGGGGCCGGUCCGCCGCGACUGCCUACCUGGCAGAUGCCCGAAAGGCCCUGGGAUCUGAAGGCUGCUGCCAGCUCCUGGCAGCGCUGACCACAUACAAGAAGGACGACGACUAUGAGAAAGUGGUGGCCGUGGUGGCUGCGCUCACCACUGCCAAGCCUGAGGACUUCCCACUGCUGCAGAGAUUUGGCAUGUUUGUGCGCCCGCACCACCAGCAGCGGUUCCGGCAGAUGUGGACAGACCUGACGGGCCAGCCCGCCCCAGGUGGGGGCACGGAGCCCCCGGGAGCCACGGACGCCAGCCCUGCCAGGCCUCCUGGCCUUGAGCCCGCUCACGGGGCCGGGGUACCUGCCAGACUGGGCCUCCCGCAGUCUGAGAAACCAGACAAAGUCCAGAGCAAGACUUCUUCCUGCUGGGAACAGAGGCCGGCCGAGAGCAUGGCAGCCGAUGCUGUCCCCCCAGGGCCCAGCCAGGCGCUCCCUGGGCCCCCCUGUGGCCAGUCAGAGUCCCCGUGGGGUCGGUCAGGGGAGGGGGCCUGUGCCGAGGCCCCGGUGCACCCACAGUCCCGUGUGGAGGGUCCCACGUGCUCCGGCUGUGGGGCAGAGGAUGAGGUGACCUUCCGGUGCCCUGACUGCGACUUCCACCGCUGCCAGGCCUGCUGGCGCCAGCACCUCCAGGCCUCUAGAACCUGCCCAGCCUGUCAUGCCGCCGCCAGGAAGCAAAGCCUCUCGCAGGUCUUCUGGGCAGUGUCCCCGUGAGCUCCCCAUGCUGAGGGACCCUGCUCCAACACUUACCUCUCUGGCCCGCUCUGGCUUGGACCCAGCACCAGCAUCUCUUUGAACAAGAACCCACAGGACAGUGGGCUGGGCCCACCACGGGCCUCAGGCAGGUGGGGUGGCAAGGUGGCCCGGGGCCACCCUGGGGUCUGUGGUCACCAGAAGGGUCUCCCCAGAACACUGUCUGGAUGCCAGCUUGCGCUGGAACCCCCAGGGGUUUCACAUCUGAGCCCAGGCCUGGAAGGAGGGGAGCAGGCGGUCAUCCUUUAGGGGUGCUCACUGGCCCCUUGUGUGUGACCCCUGCCUGCCUUUGAUGGCCGGAACUCCUCUGAAUAAAGCUGU